CGCUGCUAGUCGCUUGCGAUUAGCGAUAACAACUAAACUAAUGCCGCUGUGGCCACUAGGGGACGAGUCAAUCGAUGCCAAAAGCUAAUUGCAGCCCCUCCGCCACACCGCCAGUGGCCAUGUCGGAUCCACCCACCCACCACCAACUCCGGUAGCAGGCGAGGCGAUAGCUGCGACGGCGACCUCGGUUUCGGCGGCGGCGGCGGCGGGAUGAAGAACUUCCUCAGGAAACUCCACAUCGGCGAGGGCUCCGGCGACGGCGCCUCAUCGCCUCCCCCUCCGCCCCCCGGCAAGGGCGGUAACGGUAGCGGUGGUGUUCCUCAUUACCCGCACCACGAGCAGAGGCAGCCCUCGGCCGUUUCGAGUUGGCUCGACAACGUCCCUAGCCGGCCUCCGCCCCCGAUUCCGGUGGAAGCGGAGGGGCCGACGGCGUCGUCGUCAGUUGGGGCGGGGGCGGAGGAGAGGAGCUCUAGGCAGUCCGGGGCGGUCGAGAGGCGGCGAUCGCAGGAGGAAGAGAAGGAGAGGAGACGGUCGCGGGAGGAGGAGAUGGAGAGGGAGCGCAGGCGGUUGCAGGAGGACGAGGUGGAGGAGAGGGUGAUAAGGGAGUCGUCGGAGGCGGAAGAGAGGAAGCGGGAGAGGGAGAAAGAGGAGGACGAGCUGGAGGAGUUCCAGCUUCAGCUGGUGCUUGAGAUGAGCGCGCGGGAUAAUCCGGAGGAGAUGGAGAUUGAGGUUGCGAAGCAAAUCAGCCUGGGCUUCUGCCCGCCACAGAGCUCCCCUGCGGACAAUCCGGAGGAGAUGGAGAUUGAGGUUGCGAAGCAAAUCAGCCUGGGCUUCUGCCCGCCUCUGAGCUCCCCUGCGGAGGUCCUCGCGGUCCGGUACUGGAAUUUCAACGCCCUUAGUUAUGAUGACAAAAUAUCGGAUGGCUUUUAUGAUCUCUUUUUCAUUGGGAAUGGGCCAGCAUUGGUAACUGUGCCCUCUCUUGUUGAACUGCGAGCCCAGACAUUUUCACAUAAAGUCAACUGGGAAGCUGUAAUGGUCAAAAGAGAUGAAGAUCCUGAGCUCAGGAAACUUGAGCAGAAGGCUCUUGAACUUCGAUCAAAAACUUCAGAAUCUGUUGGGAAUGCUUUGGUACAGGGACUUGCUAGUCUGAUUGCUAGCCACAUGGGUGGGCUAGUUUUUGAUCCUGAGAGCAUGUCGGUGAAAUACAAGAGUAUGAUUAGUUCCUUUAGAACUAGUAUUGGAAGUGUAGUUGUGCCCCUUGGCCAACUAAAAAUUGGUCUAGCUCGUCAUCGUGCACUUCUAUUUAAGGUUUUGGCUGAUGGCCUUGAUAUACCUUGCCGACUGCUGAAAGGAAGGCAGUACACUGGAUCGGACGAUGGAGCUUUGAAUAUUGUGAAAUUUAAUGACGGAAGGGAGUUCAUUGUUGAUCUUGUGUCUGAUCCUGGUACACUUAUUCCUUCAGAUGGUGCUGUUUUGUCUAUAGAAUUCGAGGAAAAUAAUCAUCACUUUAACAAAGAUGAUGCUACCGAUCAUUUGGGAUCUUCUCUUAGCGGAGUAUCAAGUUCAGCCUGUGGUUCUUCUGAGUACGAGUUACUUGACAGAACAUCCACAUCAAGCAAUGUUGGUCCUUCAUAUACUGAUGGAGCUACAACUAGUCAGACAAGCAAUGAACAAAAUACGCUAUCAAGCUCAUUCGAAAAACUAUCAGUUAGCACAUGCACUAGUGAAAAUAGGCCUAUCGUUAAUGAAUCGAUAAGUACAGAUGACAUUAUAGCUGCAAGGAACAAAGUUAUAUCAGUUGCAACAAAUGAUUCUUCUUCAACUUCACCUUCUACAUCAGAGGUGGGAAGUACUCCAGCUGUCCGGAGGAUGAAAGUGAAGGACAUUUCAGAGUACAUGAUUAAUGCCGCCAAGGAAAAUCCACAAUUAGCUCAGAAGAUCCAUGAGGUUUUACUAGAAAAUGGAGUUGUGGCACCACCUGACUUGUUUUCAGAAGAUUCAAUGGAAGAGCCAAAGGACCUCAUUGUGUAUGACACAACCCUGUUCCAAAGCAAGGAUGAAAUGAAAAGGAGGAUGAAUGAGAUUGAGUCAAGGGAAUACGCAGAUCGUGGUCAUGGUCCAACAUUGCCUCAUCAUCCGGGACAUGAACUCCAAACAAAAAUUGUUCCUCACCGGGCAUCUCUGGAGUCACUUAAGCCUGUUGAGGGUUUGGGCAUUUACCGUCCCCAUGAUAUCAGAGAUAUUGCAAGUCCCUUUGUUUCUCAGUAUGAACCUUCUGCACCUCCUCAGGAAGCUCCAUCAUCACUUACAAAGCAGUUGCCUGUUACUGCUGCGGCUGUUGCAACUGCUGCAGUGGUGGCAUCCUCUAUGGUUGUCGCUGCUGCUAAAUCUAACAGCGACAUGAACUUUGAUGUGCCUGUUGCGGCUGCAGCCACCGUCACCGCAGCCGCAGUUGUUGCCACAACUGCUGCUGUCAGCAAGCAAUAUGAACACUUGGAGCCUGGUAAUCCACUGCUCAGUUUACCAAGUUCCUCUCAAGGAAAUGAAUCAAUCGAUAAAGGCAGAGACGACUUUUGGGAUAAACAGCACCUUGAAUUUGAUCAUGGCCAAGAUCACACUCUGGAUCAAGAAGUUCCUCAGGAAGCUGAAAGAACCUCAGACAAAUCAAGCGGGACAGAGAGUGCAAGAUCAGAUAUUGCCCUGGAUGAAGAAGUUGCAAAGUUUGAAAUCCAAUGGGAAGAAAUUGCUAUUGGUGAACGGAUUGGCCUUGGAUCAUUUGGAGAAGUUUAUAGAGGAGACUGGCAUGGAACGGAAGUUGCAGUCAAAAAGUUUUUGCAACAAGACAUUUCAAGUGAUGCACUGGAAGAGUUUAGAUCUGAGGUGCGAAUAAUGAAGAGGUUACGCCAUCCUAAUGUUGUUCUCUUCAUGGGUGCUAUCACUCGCGUGCCUAAUCUUUCCAUAGUCACCGAAUUUCUGCCAAGGCCACAGAUAGUGAAAGAGCAGGGAAUUGGCUUAAUGUGGUCGAUGUAUUACUUGAGUCUCGAGGUUGGAUUAUAUAGAGUUACAAGACUUGGAGGGCAAGAAGCCUCCUAGAGAUAAGAUGGAAACAUGGGAUCGCAAUCCUAACAAAUCCUAUCAAAUCACGGUUAGUUGUGAUACUCUAAUCUAACCCCACCAUAAUAGUUAGAUCCUUACCAUAUAUUCUAACAUCUCCUGCAGUUGCAGCGGGAGCGUCGCAGACGGUGAGACUAGAGAGGAAGAUGAAGUGACAUCCCCCCACAGUCACGGCGGGAAUGCGACGCAGGUGCUGUGACUGGAGUGGAAGUUGGCGAGGUGCUCAUGCAGAUGAUAGCCCUUUGUGUUGAUGUUGAGGUAGCCAAGAACGAGGGCAUGCAGCCGUGGUCGAGGAUGCCACGCGUAUGGUAGCUGUGGUCGAGGUAGCCAUAGUCGGGAUUGUUGUUGACGAGGAAGCCGCACUUGAAGCCACGGGCGCAAGGAGGCGCCAUGGAGUCGAGGGUGCGAGGAGGCCCUAUUGAAGAAGACGGUGACGUGAUCGAGGCAAUCAUUGAGGAAGAGGUCGAUGCUGAAGUCGAUGUGUCGAGACUGUCGAGGACAAGGCGUUGCACCAGGUUUGCCAGGCCUAAGAACGCGUCGGGGACGAAGGCACGCACCAGUGUUGAUAGUACCGGACAUGCUAAGAAAGGGACCAUCACAAACCAUACGCCAGUGUCAGAGGGACUAGCAGAGAAGGCCUCCGAGACGGUUGUGUUGCGCACAACGGCGAGGAGAGUGCAAGUGUAGCCUGCGUUUGUUGGAGUAGAUAGAGUGUAGUCGAUGAAGAGACGACUCGGACGAUGAGGUUGUGGUGGCCGAAGACUGAACGUGAGGCGGAACCAGUGGCCUAGAGUGGCGACGCCAGUAUUCGAGAGAGGCGUGAAGACGGUGCUCGAAGUAGGCAGAGAAGGACCUGAUCGGCGUGAUGAAAACCAGGUGCAUGUACGAUUGGUGGUGAAAGCUGCGCCAAGAAAGGUGGGAUAGCCCAGCCAGAGGGUUGUUGCGCGUGGGAACAACGAUGAGGGCCAUGUGCACGGACCCUACGACCUGAGGGGGCGACGUAGUGGCCACGCGCGAGGCGUAGCAGCGGCGGGAGCCACUGAGGACGGGGACACGCCAGGGAGGGCGUGGCAGCAGUCUGGAGGCAAUGACCAUAGGCGGCGGCACUACACCCCGAGGAGUGCGCAACGACAUCAUGUUGCUCGGAGGCGAUGCACGCGUACUUAGGACAACCGUCUCGAGGCCGUGCAUGUCGCAACCUUGCGCUAAGUCGGCUGAUCAGAUCGAGGUACGUGCGGAGCGAGACGGCGGUGGACGAUGCCACACAAAUUGAAGUUGGUGGUGGCGUUGUCAGGGAGAACUGGCGCCAAGGAUGUCCCGAUCGGUGUGGCAAUGACGAAUCGACAUGGAGGCGUGCGGACGGGGCAGCUGAGUAACAGCGCGUGAAGGCGUUCCUAGGGCGCCGCGCGCCCAGCCUUGCCGCACAGUUGGAGAUGAGGAGCCUGCCGGUGGAGUCGAUGCCGAUGUCGGAGUAGAGGCGCAUGAGGAUGACAGGCGGCGGUGGGUGACGCAAAUCGAUCUAUGAUCAGAAAAACCAAAGAGAACACCGAUCGAUCAACGGAUCGGUAAAAGACUUCCUAGGUUGGCUGAUCGACAAAAUCGGCGACAUGAACUCUAGCUAUGGGUUGCGCAGCCCCCAACGGAGAUCAAUCUCCCCAGAGGCGGCCUGACGGAAGCGACAGUUUUGGAGCUAGGACCCAAACCUAAACUGAUACCAUGAAAGAGUAGGGAAUUAGCUUAAUGUGAUCGAUGUAUUGCUUGAGCCUCGAGGACGGAUUAUAUAGAGUUACAAGACUUAGAGGGCAAGAAGCCUCCUAGAGAUAAGAUGGAAACAUUGGAUCGUAAUCCUAUCAAAUCAUGGUUAGUCGUGAUACCCUAAUCUAACCCUACCAUAACAGUCGUAUCAAAUCACGGUUAGUCGUGAUACCCUAAUCUAACCCUACCAUAUCUAUCGGAUCCUUCUGGAUCCUUACCGUAUAUUCUAACAGAUAGGAAGAUUGUUUCUAUCGAUAAUGAUUGUCUUGUUCUUUUGUCAUGCUGUUUUUUUGGUCUCAUCUUCCCAAUCCUGUAAGAGCUGUAAUGACCAGGCUACUUUUACAAGUCAAGCUGAGUCAGGUGACAAUUACUAAAGAGAGCCAUAUUCUGGAAUGCUUGCUGGAAAUUCCCUUUAAGAACUGUGCAUUAGGUUUUUGAUGAGUGAUUUGUUACCGCACACAGUGUGCAUAAUCUACACGUGCUCAUUCUAAUAGCUCUUUUGACCCUUCAUGUACAACAUCUGGCUGCAGUUUCACGUGCUCUCGUUAAAAAUCUGUAUUAUCUUUUAUCU